AUUCCUCAAGCUCAUUAACAUAAUUUAGAACGUGGUUUAAGUAAUCACAGCUCAGAACUCUGAUGUGUGUGAUGUCACAUUCCCUGUUGCUUGCAGAACUCUGGGAAUCUCAGACCCAGAGACUCACACCAGUCAGAGACUUUCAUCAGAUAUCACUGUAGUUCUGGACUUAUUGUGUUGGAAAACCUAAUAACUUCAUUAUUGCGAUAUCUUGGAGAAAGACUCUGCUACGGAGAAGGCCAGGACCUGUCGUGAAGCUGCACUCAGUAGAGAGAGAAGUAAGUUAUCAAAUCUGGUCAAAAAGACAAUUUUAAUAGAGUUAGAAACUUAAAUUCACAACUGAUUCAUGUGUGUUUUUUUUCUGGUGUGCAGUGAGCGACAGCCGGACGCCGCCACAGAAGCCUGCAGAGGACGCCAAGACCAGGAGGAUGAAGAGGAAAGCCAGUCCGGACCAGGGCAACCUGAAGAGGAGUAGGAUCUCUGGUUCCGGAUCCAGAAAGCCUGAGGAGGCAGUCCCAGACGCGGUCAAGGCACCGCUGAAGAGGAAGAGGGGACUACUGAGAGAUGACCUCAACGACCCGAUGGAGGGCUGCAGCCAAGAUGUGGACCAGAGGCCCAAGAAGGUCGCCAGGAGGAGGACUCCCCCGAAAGCCACGGAGCUGAACGGUAAGGCCGGCAUAGAUGGCGAGAAACCGGGCGGGAAGAGGAAGAGGAAGGCUGCCACUGAUGCCGAGGAACCGAGCCAGAAGAGGCAGAGGAGCGAGGAGGAGGAGAAAGAGCCCAAAGAGGUUCCCACCAGACAGCUGCUGUCUGCAGACGCUCAAAAGGCACAAUUUGGGGCCAAAUACAAGCAGCAGAAACUUCUUGGUCAAGGAGGCUGUGGAUCUGUGUUUGCUGGCUAUCGCAGAUCAGAUAAAUUGCCAGUAAGUAUCUCACACACACACACACACACACACACACACACACACACAUUUAUAUCCACACAGUAUGUUCAGAAAGUACUAACCAAAGUCCUGUUUAUGUUUUUGUAGGUAGCCAUCAAACAUGUCCAGAGAGACAAAGUGCUGGUCAAACAUGUGGACGACAGCGGGAACCGGGUCUCCGUGGAGGUAGCCGCGAUGUUAAAGCUCGCGGAUGCAACUAACGGACCAGUGGGGACGUCGGCCGCCAUAUCCCUGCUGGACUGGUACGACCUGGACCACAAGCUGAUCCUGGUCAUGGAGAGACCGGUCCCCUGCAUGGACCUCCUGGGCUACACCCAGAAAAACGGAGGCAGACUCCAGGAGGAAGAGGCCAAGAUCAUCAUGAAACAACUAGUUGAUGCGGCGCUAGAACUUCAGGAGAACCACAUCUUUCAUCGGGACAUCAAGGUGGAAAACAUCCUGAUUGAGACUGGCUCCGAUGUGCCACGAGUUCGUCUCAUCGACUUUGGACUGAGCUGCUUUGUCAAGAAAGGCUCUUUUUUCCGCACCUUCUAUGGAACUGCAGCUCACAUCCCCCCAGAGUGGUAUGUCCGGUCCAGGUACACGGCCGGGGCCACCACGGCGUGGCAGAUGGGAGUGGUUCUGUUUGAAAUACUCCACAGCACUGAGCCGUUUGAGACCGUGAGGUUUGCAGGAAGGAAGCUGAAAAUAUGUAAGUAUCUUUCACAGAGCUGCCAGGAUUUCUUACGGAAGUGUUUGACCAUCGACCCCAAGGAUCGCAUCACCCUGCAGCAGCUCCAGAAACACCAAUGGCUAAGAUAAACCAUCACACACACACACACACACACACAUUUAUGCCUACUUUCCACACAGCCCUGUUUACAUGUUAUUUGUCACCAAUGCAUGUUCUUCCCGUGUCACAUGGGGUUCUCUCCGGGUACUCCGGCUUCCCAGUUCAUGAACAUAAAAAAAAAAAAAAGCGGUCUUAUUUAAAAUAACUGACUAUGACUCGGGGGAUGUAGAGUUAUUAAAAUGUGUUAGCUUGGUGGUCGGUGUGAGCCACUCUUCACACAUACAAAGACACAGGGUCCAAAGUGAGUUUAUGGCGGCGUCGUGAUGUAGUCGUAAAGAUUAAUCUUUUUUGCGUGAGGCGACAGAGAAAAAGUUCACAGGAGUACGUUGAAGAAAAAACAAACUUUUACGUAAAAUUUUCGGUGGACCGAAUCGCGAACACCGUUAUUUGUGAAGAAACAACUUGACAAGUAGGUUACCGUACUGGAGUUUUAUUGGUUGUUUGUAGUUGGCCUCACAGCAAGAGGGUGGCUGGUUCGACUCCGGCCUGCGACUCUUUGGUGAGGAGUUUGCAUGUUGGGUUCUCUCCGGGUUCUCCGGCUUCCCAGUCCAAAAACAUCAAAAUGGUCAAAAAAAAGCUGUGUUAUUAAAAAUGACUAGCUAUGACUAGGGUGAUGCAGAGUUUAAAAAAACAUGUUAGCUUGGUGGCUGGUGUGAGCCACUGGUCGCACACACACACACACACACACAAAGAAACAGGGUUGAAAAUAUUUUUUGGCGACGUUGAGAAGUGAAAAUUUGAUUAAUGCAAUUGAGCUAAAUUGUAGUGACAUGGGAUCGCAAUUUAAGUAAUUUCAUUUAAAACACACACACCUACAAAGGAUCAUGGUCCAAAGUAAGUUUAUGGCGACGUUGUGAUGUAGUCUUAGAGAUUAAUAUGUUUUGGGUGACGCGACAGAAGUACGUUAAUUUGUGAAGAAACGACUCGGCAAUAAUUAAGUUUUAUCCGCGUUACGUUUGGCUUUUUGGGCUUGGCUGGCUGAGGGGUCUCCGGAAGCAGCAGACUGGUCGUGUUAUGGGAGUAACGGACACGAAACAAAACUGUGUAGAAACAAGGCGAUGUCGUACAUUCAUACAUAUGAAAAUAAUUCUAAUUCUUUUCUCUUUCACAGGAUAGUUGACAGGUGAACUGGUGUAUUGAAUUAGACUAUUAUAGUGUACUUAUAAUAAUAAUAAUGAUAAUAAUAAUAAUAAUAACACCAAUAAAAGUAGUUUAGUAGUAGUAAUAAUAAUAAUAAUAACAACAGUGUGGUAAAAAAUAAUAAUAGUAGUGUAGUUAUAAUAAUAAUAGUAGUGUAGUAAUAAUAACAACAACAACCGUAGUGUAAUAAUAAUACAAAUAGUAUUAAAGUCAUAAUAACAAUAACAAUAACAGUAGUUUAGUAAUAAUAAUAAAAACAUGAGAGUAGUAGCAGUAGUAAUAACAGUAAUAGUAGUUUAGUAAUAAUAAUAAUAAUAACAACAGCAGAGUAGUAGUAGUAGUAGUAUAAUAAUAAUAAUAAUUAUAGUAUUUUAGCAGUUCCUGUAGAAUGCCCAGCCGUCCGUGGAGAGGGGAUCUCUCUUUGAAUUGCCUUUCCCGAGGUUUCUUCCCAUCUUCAUGUGGAAUUUGGUGGAGUUUUCCUCGUCUUCUUAGAGAGCUUGGGCUGGGUCAGGAACUGCCUCUGAUUUGGACCUGAAUGUGAUAUUAAACCAUAAAAAUAAAAUUAGAUUAAAUUGA